ACGAUCAGCAGUUGGAAUAGCCUCGGCUGCCAAAACAAGUAUGGGCCAUUCUGGAUAUGCAGCACCUUAAUAUUUGUGGCGGCUUCCAUUGGCACAUUUGUUACCUAUGUGGCACACAAGCUACAGAAAAAAGAAUGGAACUAUGACAUAAAUCUGGUGACUUGGUCUGCGGGUUUGUUUUAUGGCUACGUCACUAUAGUUCCUAUUUGCCUCUAUAUAAUUCUCAAAUACUUCUCUGCUCCAUCUGGUCUCAUUCAGCUGUUUUGUCUGUAUGGCUACUCCCUGUUUGUCUUCAUUCCUGCUUUGGUAAGGGAUAUUACAGGUCCAAGUAGAACUAAUUUGCUGCUGAAAUUUUUGCUCCUUAUAUUUUUGCAGUGUCUCUCCGUCAUUCCCUGGGAAAUUUUCAGAUGGGUGGUUGCAGGGGUAGCUGGGUUCAUGUCGGCAACCUUCGUUGCACUUAAUCUCAGAAACCACAUUAAGUCUGCAGGUGAAAGGUGGUUUUUGAUUGUGGCUGGUAUCUUUCUGUUGCAGCUGGCUCUUGCCCUGGUACUGAAGCUCUACUUGUUCACAGUCACAGUAUAA